AUAAAAGGUUUGAUUUUGUUCCUUUAGUCACAUCCAUUUGGCGUUAAAAUACCACUGUACUGGUGGGUGGCCGUGAAAACCACCACCGGUGGCGGGCGGCAAUGGCGCAAAUAGUGGUGGUUUUCGAUUUUGACAGGACGUUAAUUGAUGGCGACAGUGACCGUUGGGUGGUGACUCAAAUGGGACUCUCCUCAUUGUUUAAUCAACUGCGUUCUACUUUGCCGUGGAAUUCCCUCAUGGAUAGGAUGAUGAGGGAGCUUCACUCACAAGGAAAAACAGUCGAUGACAUUACUGAGUGCUUAAGUCGGAGUCCAUUACAUCCACAAGUUAUUGCAGCUAUACAAUCAGCUCAUGCCCUUGGAUGUGAAUUAAGAAUAAUUAGUGAUGCAAAUCAGUUUUUCAUUGAGAAAAUCUUGGAUCAUCAUGGAUUGUUGGGAUGCUUCUCGCAGAUCACCACAAAUCCUAGCUUAGUAGAUGAUGAAGGAAGGGUUAGGAUUUUUCCUUACCAUGCUUUGGGCACACCUCCUCACGGCUGUCAUUUAUGCCCUCCAAAUUUGUGCAAGGGCCUGGUAAUUAAUCAAAUCUGUGCUUCAACUGCUGAAAUUGAGAAAAGAAGAUUUAUUUACCUUGGAGAUGGGAGUGGCGACUUCUGUCCAACCCUGAAACUUAGAGAAGGUGACUAUGUGAUGCCCAGGAGGGACUAUCCCCUAUGGAAUCGCAUCUGCAGCAACCCAACUCUUGUCAAGGCAGAAGUUCAUGACUGGAGUAGUGGAGAGGAGCUUGGGGAGAUUCUUCUCCACCUUAUCAACACAAUUUUCACGGCAAAGAACAUUCAGAGUAGCAAUUCUAAUCAGUUGAAUUAAUCAGAAAGCAAGAUUUGCACUAAAGAAGCAUGCUCUCAAACUGUAACUGUUCCUCAUUAACUAGACAGCAGAGUGGCAUUAAUGGUAGGAAAGUUCCAUCAAUUAGAGCAAGAUAGUUUGUCCUCUGUAACUUUGUGCCACAUUUGAAAACUAGAUAUACAAGUCAAGCUAUAAACUUCUUACAAGAUGUGGAUAUGAAUUUCAUUAGCUACAUUUUAUUCAAACUUUUUGAUAAGAAGGUCCUUUAAUUUGUUUGUGA